AGUAGCUACUUUUUAAAGUAUCAUUUCUAACCAUUUAAGCAAGACAGUUCAUCAAAUGCAAAUAACUGUAAAUAGAGGGGACUAUAUAGUCAAUACAGUAAAUUUUGUUUAUUGUAGACAUUUGUUUCAUCUGUAAUCUUUACUUCAUCAGGCCAAACUGUGUUCACUCUUAUUUAAUUUUAGACACAAUAACCUAUGUUACAUGUAAAUAUUAUGUCAAAUAGAGAAGGUGAAAAAUUCAGACCUGGAUCAUAAUGGCUAAUAAGUUUGAUAUGAUCCAGUAGUUUUCCUCUUAAUGGCCUUUACCAGCUGUAUCUCUCUCCUGAAGACUGCUUUGCUGCAUACUGCUCAGGCUUAUCUGCAUUUGAUCAUAGGAAUAAGAUUCCUAGCUAGAGGGACCUUAUAAUAGCUAAUAAACAACACAUGGCUCCCGAAUGUACAAAAUGUGAUGUUUGGCCAACAAGGUGAACUCUGAAUGAAAACUUUCGAAAAGAAGUUGCAUCUGGCUGUGAACAAAAACUUCUGAAGGAGUCUGUCUGCAGAGACUGUCUGAUUACAAUUUCAGUACUGUGGAGAUAGUGCAAUGUUUAGUUCUGGAGGGUUAAUUAUGUUGGACUAAGUUCUGGCCUUCUGGAACAGUCAUUCCUUGCCAACCUCUGUAUUGGAACUAAUAUCUUGUGACAAUAGGUUAAAAAAAAUCUCUCACACACACAGUUUGUUGCUACUUGAAGAUACAAGGCUAAAUUAGAAUUUGUAAAUUGUUUCUUCAAUUGAAGUGACUUUUACAACUUAAAAUGGUAUAAAUGUACUGCUCAUUUUGCUAACUUGUAUCAACCUCUUACCUGGUUGGCUAAGCUAGCUAUAGUUUGGGUAAUUUUUGUUUUGUCAGAGCUUUAAACCAUUGGUAAAAUUUUUGAAACAUUGUAAGCAGAUACCAAAGUAAGUGUAUUCUUAUUGACUAUGAACUUGAAGAUGAUGCUUAGAGUUAAGGGCAUCCUCCAAUGACCCUGUCCUUUUUAUUAUGCUUGUGCUACUUACAUCUUCACACACACAUUUACAUACAUUUGAGUAAAAAUACAUUUUAGUGAUUUUAAACUUCCUCAAAAAGAGGUCAGAUUGCUGCUACCUUCCUUAUUCUCUUAAAUAGUAUUGAAGUAUAGAAAAUUAUAUCCAAAAUACCUGAGUGCUAUAUUAAAUUGAAACUAAGGACUGCCUCCUCUGUCCUUUCCUGUUUCUACAGGGCCCAAAUCAGUGUUGGCUCACCACAAAUACUCACAUGGGUUAAUGAUUAAGAGAGAGUGUACGAAUAAAUGAGUGAUUUAAAAAUAAUUCAAAGAGAUUAUGAGGUUGGCAUGAUGAAUAGUCUGUCUACUGCUCUGUUCAAUAUGCUGUUUACGUACUACACUUGUUUAAAAUAAUGUUACUUACAAACUCUCUCCUAGGGUUUCUGUUGCUAUGAUGAAACACCAUAACCAAAAAAACUAAAUUACUCAAGAUUGUGGGGAUACUAUAUGAAUCUUAAGCCUGUUAUAAGGUGGCAAUGUCUCGGGAACCUACUCCACCGCUGCCUGGAGAUAUGUCUCCUAGCCCUGUUGCAGAAAGCUGGUGUUACACACAGGUUAAAGUGGUGAAAUUUUCCUACAUGUGGACUAUUAAUAACUUCAGUUUUUGUCGAGAAGAAAUGGGUGAAGUGUUAAAGAGUUCAACAUUUUCUUCUGGCCCAAAUGAUAAAAUGAAAUGGUGCCUGAGGGUAAACCCAAAGGGAUUAGAUGAUGAAAGUAAAGACUAUUUGUCCUUAUAUUUGCUUUUAGUCAGCUGCCCAAAAAGUGAGGUUCGAGCAAAAUUCAAAUUUUCCCUUCUGAAUGCUAAAAGGGAAGAAACAAAAGCAAUGGAAAGCCAAAGAGCUUAUCGAUUUGUACAGGGGAAGGACUGGGGAUUUAAAAAAUUCAUUAGAAGAGAUUUUUUGCUUGAUGAAGCCAAUGGUCUCUUACCAGAUGACAAGCUUACAUUAUUCUGUGAGGUGAGUGUGGUUCAAGAUUCAGUCAAUGUCUCAGGACAUACAAAUACAAACACUUUGAAGGUGCCGGAAUGUCGACUAGCAGAAGACUUAGGUAAUCUCUGGGAAAACACAAGAUUUACAGAUUGCUGCUUUUUUGUGAGAGGAAAAGAAUUCAAAGCUCAUAAGUCUGUGCUUGCAGCUCGAUCCCCAGUUUUUAAUGCAAUGUUUGAACAUGAAAUGGAAGAAUGCAAAAAGAAUCGAGUGGAAAUAAAUGAUUUAGACCCUGAGGUUUUUAAAGAAAUGAUGAGAUUCGUUUACACAGGAAAAGCACCAAAUCUUGAUAAAAUGGCCGACAACUUGUUGGCAGCUGCAGACAAAUAUGCACUGGAACGGCUGAAGGUCAUGUGUGAAGAAGCUUUGUGUAGUAGCCUCUCAGUAGAAAAUGUUGCUGAUACCCUUGUCCUUGCAGAUUUGCACAGUGCAGAACAGUUGAAAGCCCAGGCAAUAGACUUUAUUAAUAGGUGCAGCGUACUUCGACAACUUGGAUGUAAGGAUGGGAAAAACUGGAAUAACAACCAAGCAACUGACAUCAUGGAAACAGCAGGGUGGAAGUCUAUGAUUCAGUCUCAUCCUCAUUUAGUGGCAGAAGCCUUCCGAGCACUAGCAUCUGCACAGUGUCCACAGUUUGGUAUUCCACGCAAACGGCUAAAGCAGUCUUGAGUCUUCCAUGGACAGUAGGAAAAUUGAUUGCCUUUACUCCCCCAGGUCCAGAAGGAUUCCAAUACAAACCAUAAGCAACAGUUGUUUCUGUCUCUUGUCCACAGAACAAAAGCUAGAAAAGCAGAUUGCUUGCUUUCAGGUGGAUAAUUUAUGGUUUAUACUUCAGCUUUAAAUCAGACUGAUUAAUUCACUUCAAGGCCUUAAAUUAUCUUCAGUGACUUCUCUUGUUCAUAAUAGUUUAAUUUUUUUAUUGUGCCUUGUCAGUUUGCCAAGGCUAUGCAGGAUUGCACUAGCUCCAUAAUGCAGUAAUAUUGAUAACUGAAGAUACUGAGUUUGAAAAGGAUCUUCCAUUAUUUUGGAAACAAAAGAAUUUUAUAGGUUUUGUUCUAUGCAAUCUCCAAGUUUAAAACUAGGUUCUUCUGGAUUUGGAGAUUGCCAGAGGCGCCUCCAGUCUCAGUUCUGUUGACACUAAAGAGCCUAUUACUGUUGAGGUAAGUGGUGGCCACACACUGCUCUGGUUAAUUUAUUUUUCAUUUCAUGGGGCAGAUAAGUAAUGAGUUGGCCUAAACUUUUAGUAAAAUUUUUGGUGUUUAUCUGUAUAUUAACUGCUCAAGAAACUGGGUUUAUGUGCAUUUCAAUGAUUGAGAAAUGAUUUGAAGUUGAGAUUUCAGUGAAAAGAAAGCAUGGUUUUUGCUAAUGUGUUAAAUUUAUACUGACUUACAUUUGAAAGAAUAAUUUAGUAGAUGUUAAAGUCAGGAUGACCAAAUGUACAUUACAUGAGUGGGCCAAUUAAGAAAUAUAUAUAUAUAUGCACUUUUAAUGUGUAAUUUUUCUAUGAUGAAUGGUACAUAUAUAUUUUUUUCCUUUUGAGGGGAUUAAUAAGGUAUAAUUACGUUUAAACAUUUAAAAGAAGUUUAUAUGACACAUGGAGCCAACUUGGAUGUUUGUGAUAAUAGAUAAACAUUUGCUUGAUUAUAGAUUAAUUGAUUUGGAUUUCAAAUAGUCAUUAUUGAAUUUAUUACUAUUUUAUCACGCUUUGAAAAAGGCACCUAACAAUAAAUGAGUCCUGUACAAUCUACUUCCUUUUAAACAAUGAAUGAAUAAUAUUUGCGUGUGGGAGAUGUGUGGGAAAGUAGAGAACCCUCUGAAAGUAUGUGCAGCCUCAUUAGGAAACUUUAUUUCCCCUUGUUUUCUCCUUGGUGACUCACUUACUGAUUAACUGUAGAUUGCUGAAGUUUUACAUAAUGUGAACAGGAUAAACGAUAUCAACUGUUUUUCAUGAGCCAGUUCUUUAUUAUGAAUUUAGCUUUACACAUAAAAAUGUUUGAAGGUUGGUAAUUGUGAGAUGUGUUCUGAUGCCUUGUCCUAGAGAAGCAGAAGUGGUCAGUGUCAGAUCAUCUAUGAUGGAAGCAUGGUAGUAUGCUUCCUACAUAAAGACAGAGCAUGUUGCUGGAAAAACAGGUACAUAUGCCUGUAUGUUUGCAUUUAAAGCUUUAUUUCCCAUAUUAAAAUUUGUGUAAUUUGUUUAUUUAGUCUUAAAAUUCAGGACAAAAUAAUUAAGCAUAUGGUUUUAAAAUAGACUUUAUUUUUACUAUAGCUUUAUUGGAUGUUAACUGAAGUAAUUCUAAAAUACUUGAGAAAAUAUUGUCAAAUUAGCACAGUUCAAAAGAGCAAACGAGCAAAAAUCUAUUUUUAGAUAUUUUAGUUUGAGUCUUUCUUGUGUUACAUUAAAAUGGAACGAAUUAUCUGUGAUAGAAGAAAAGUUUUUCAGCUGACAAUGGGCUUCACCCUGUAUAGGAGAAUCAUGACAAGUAAAAAUUUACUCCCUUAAUUUCAUCAUAAUAUGAAGCCUAUUACCUUAACAUUGUACAAUUUUAAAAUACACACACACAUACAUACAUACAUACAUACAUACAUACAUAUAUAUACUUUACUACAAGAUUUUCCUGUGGUCUUACUAAAAAACAAAGAUGUCAGUCAGCUGUGAAAUACAUUGUCACAUAUCAUAAAAACACUGAAAUCUAUAUACCACGUAUUGUAAAUUGAUUCUCAUUAAUUUGGUCUACAUUUCUAAAUACAAUGAAAUAUAUUGACCAUGUAGUGGUCAUUAGAAAUGUUUUUUUUUUUUAGAAAUGUUUAUUGAUCUUAAGGAUUUUGUUAUAAAGAUUUUUGUUUUUAGUUUGCUAAAAUAUUUUCUACCAAAAAUGUCAAACAGUGUGCUCUACAAAUGUCAGUGUUAUCUGAAAUGUCCACUUUUCUGAUAAUACAGUACCUACCAUUAUACCCACAAAAUCACUCAGUAUUUUAUUUUUUUUUGUAUAUUUUAGUAGCAUAUUUUAGGUUCUUGAGUCAGUGAUAAGAGGCUGUUAAUGUAUUCUUAUUAAGUGUCAUAAUAGCAUUUCCCCCACUUACCUCCCCCAUUUUUAAACUAUAUAAAACUUGGCCAAAAUAGGUACGAAUUCUGUCUAAUGCAGUCUUUGUCUUUUAAGUUACCAGUUUGCUCCUAUUACCCUCUUGUCACCCAAACAAAGCUUUCCUCACAACACAAGGAGUGGUUUUAAAUAUUACAAUUAAGAAAUGUAGCCAUUGCAAAACUGUUCUUUGGACUAAGAUUUAGAAACACUGUUAUUUGUGCCUUUUUCAUUUUUUUACUUUUAAUGUGUUUGAUAUUUGGAGCACAAAUAUGAAGGUGCCAUAAUAUGGCUUGCUGAUGUUACCUCCUUAAAUACUUCUGUGUCACUGUCUUCAGAUAGCUAUUGGAGAACCUUGAAUCAAAUGUGGUCAUUUGUGUGAGGUAUGUAUGUGUUUGUAUCUGUAUUCCCUUGGGCUGUGUGUAAUACGUUUAAGACUGAAUUUAUGAAAAUAGGACUUAGUUAAAAUAUGCUGAAAGUUCAGAUUAAUUGAUGUAUCUCAUUUUAGUGUGCUUUAUUUGAGAAGACAGUGGAUUGCCAGAAGACAGUGUAAUCCUCAAAAAUGUGACCAGCAUUCUGCAUGAUAAAAUAGGAAAACAGUGCUGGUUUAGGAUAUCAAGUAUAAUUAAAAUUUAAAAUAAUUGCUUUACAUAUCUUAAAAGUGUCAUGAGCAUUACUGUUUUAUUUUUAACUAGAUCUAAUUGAAAGUUUAAAUUGUCAAAGAUAUUAAUUUGCCCGUUUAAAAUUUUGUAUAUAAAUUCUAAGAAUUUUUUAUAUGAAAUUAUAGAUAAGGACUUUGAGAGUGGUUCAGUGAUAGAGUGCAUAUCAACAUUUGUGAUCCCUGGGUUGGAUCCAUAGCACCACCAAAACACACAAAAAAUGAGGAAUCAAAGAUAAUAUUCCUUGUUAGAGAAAUACAACAAAGACUCGUGUAAGUUUUAUGAAAAUCCAACCCAGUAAGUUUUACUAAAAGCCACAUUCAUGAAGAGGUAGACUAACCUGACUUGGACAUGCCUGGUCUUAAGUGAGUGGAUGAGUGAGUUGUUUCAGUGUUCUCAGAGUAUAAAUACAGCACUUUCAGCACACGAGAAUAUUUUGCAAACCUUUUUAUAUAUAGAUUGUGAGCUCCAGUUUAAGUGUUCAUGGAAUGAUGUCAAUGUUAGGUCUCGCUGAACAAAUACUGAGUGCCUCAAAUGCAAGACUUCUUCACUAGGAAUGAAAUCACACUGUAUCUUCUGUUGUUGUAUGUGAACUUUAUGUCUGAGAAGGAAUACUUAUAUUUAAAUAUUUUCCUGUUAGUAAAGCUUAUUGUAUACUAUAAUCUAGUUAAUUUUGCAUUGCUUAAAAGUGAAUUGAGCCCAUUUAUGGAAAUAAAGUUCUGCUAAAAUUAUUUAAUUAUUAGUUCUGAAGGAAGUUGACUUCAAGAUUCAGAUAUAUAAACAUUUAACUUUUCGGCCUUUAUUUAAUAAUCAGUUGGUGUUUUAUGAUGAGAUACAUACUAUUUGUGUCUUGAUGUUGGAAAUAGAUUUUGUGUUUCAGCACGUUGAGUUAAAAUAAAAUUGUUACUACUUAUUCAGAA